AUGAUCCGAGACCCGCCGGCCAUGCACAAGCCUGACAACGCCAACAGUCAACAGGAUGACAACAAGUACGGGCUCACCGUCAACAGCAACGUGACGGGCAGCACGGGGGGCGCCAGGCUAUGUGCACAGUGCGGAAAGGUGAUCACGGAGCGCUUCCUGCUCAAAGCCAUGGAGAGGUUCUGGCACGAAGACUGCCUCAAGUGCGGCUGCUGCGACUGCCGCUUAGGAGAAGUCGGCUCCAAACUCUACUACAAGGCAGACCUCAUGCUCUGCAAAAGAGACUACCUUAGGUUAUUUGGUGCGACAGGCAACUGUGUGGCCUGCAACAAAGUCAUUCCCGCCUUCGAAAUGGUCAUGCGAGCGAAGAGUUUCGUCUACCACUUAGAAUGCUUUGCCUGUCAGCAGUGCAACCAUAGGUUCUGCGUGGGCGACAGAUUCUACCUAUGCGACAAUAAGAUACUGUGCGAGUAUGACUAUGAAGAGAGACUGGUGUUCGCCAGCAUGGCCGCCAACCCCAGCGGACUCGCUCACAUCCGUCGCCAAGUAAGCGGACUACAGUCACCAACAAGUGGUGGUUACGUGGCGGGUGUGGCCGGUUGUGGUGGCGGAGCAGCAGCGGGCGGUGCGAUGGUCGACAAGGACGGCGGCGGAUGCGCGGGCGCAGACGACGCGUCCAGCGGGUACGGCAGCCCGCCUGACCCAGACGUGUGUGACGCUGCACGAUGA